AGCUGGUGAGCUGGAGCCCUCCCGUUUUGAGGGGCGAGAGCUAUUACACUCCCCUUUCCUGAGGGUCACCGGAAGAGGUGGUGGAAAGGGAUGUCUGGAGGAAGGUGUGGCUCUCAUAGGGAGACUGGGUCGAUGUGCACCCCAUUUAAAGGCGCGAGGUCCCUUUCCCUUCUGGUCCCCCUGCUCCUCCCUCUCCUCCUUUGUGGUGUCUGUGUAGCCUUGGGAAGGGGGACUGCUCUUCGUAGCCUGCUGAGUAGGUUCCUCCACCACCCCCUCUCUAGAAAUCUAUACCCCUCUUCUGUAGGGGUGAUGGAAGCCUUUCUCCCCCUCCCCAUCCCCCUUUGCCAUCCUUUAGUCUACUGCAGUGCUGCAGAAGUCCAAGGCAGCUUCUUCAUACACAAGACCCGUGUGUACACUGGAGAGCGGGGGAGCUGGAGAGGGAAGUAAUGGCGCUUCUCUUGGAAAGUUUAUGCCAACGUGGCUUCAUUCAUACAGAUGAACCAAGGAUUGGGAUAGCAGUUUAAAAUUAGAAUCAAGACAGCUGACUGACAAGCAGGAUGCCAUCAACUAACCGAGCGGGCAGCCUGAAGGACCCUGAAAUUGCAGAGCUCUUCUUCAAAGAAGAUCCAGAGAAGCUCUUCACAGAUCUCAGAGAAAUUGGCCAUGGAAGUUUUGGAGCAGUGUAUUUUGCAAGAGAUGUGCGAACCAAUGAAGUGGUGGCUAUCAAGAAAAUGUCUUAUAGUGGAAAACAGUCUACAGAGAAGUGGCAGGAUAUUAUUAAGGAAGUCAAGUUUCUACAAAGAAUAAAACAUCCAAACAGUAUAGAAUACAAAGGUUGCUAUUUACGUGAGCACACAGCAUGGCUUGUAAUGGAAUAUUGUUUAGGAUCUGCUUCAGACUUAUUGGAAGUUCACAAAAAACCAUUACAAGAAGUGGAAAUAGCAGCAAUUACACAUGGUGCUCUCCAGGGAUUAGCCUACUUACAUUCUCAUACCAUGAUCCAUAGAGAUAUCAAAGCAGGAAAUAUCCUUCUGACAGAACCAGGCCAGGUGAAACUUGCUGACUUUGGAUCUGCUUCCAUGGCAUCUCCUGCCAAUUCUUUUGUGGGAACACCGUAUUGGAUGGCCCCAGAAGUAAUUUUAGCCAUGGAUGAAGGACAGUAUGAUGGCAAAGUAGAUGUAUGGUCUCUUGGAAUAACAUGUAUUGAACUUGCGGAAAGGAAGCCUCCUUUAUUUAAUAUGAAUGCAAUGAGUGCCUUAUAUCACAUAGCCCAAAAUGAAUCCCCUACACUACAGUCUAAUGAAUGGUCUGAUUAUUUUCGCAACUUUGUAGAUUCUUGUCUCCAGAAAAUCCCUCAAGAUCGCCCUACAUCAGAUGAACUUUUAAAGCACAUGUUUGUUCUUCGGGAGCGCCCUGAAACAGUGUUAAUAGAUCUCAUUCAAAGAACAAAGGAUGCAGUUAGAGAGCUGGACAAUCUACAGUAUCGGAAGAUGAAGAAACUCCUUUUCCAGGAGGCACAUAAUGGACCAGCAGUAGAAGCACAGGAAGAAGAGGAGGAGCAAGACCAUGGUGUUGGACGAACAGGAACAGUGAAUAGUGUUGGAAGUAAUCAGUCUAUCCCCAGUAUGUCCAUCAGUGCCAGUAGCCAAAGCAGUAGUGUUAAUAGUCUUCCAGAUGCUUCAGAUGACAAGAGCGAACUAGACAUGAUGGAGGGAGACCACACAGUAAUGUCUAAUAGUUCUGUCAUCCACUUAAAACCUGAGGAAGAAAAUUACAGAGAAGAGGGUGAUCCUAGAACAAGAGCAUCAGAUCCACAAUCUCCACCCCAAGUAUCUCGUCACAAAUCACACUAUCGUAAUCGAGAACACUUUGCUACUAUACGGACAGCAUCACUGGUUACAAGGCAAAUGCAAGAACAUGAACAGGACUCUGAACUUAGAGAACAGAUGUCUGGCUAUAAGAGAAUGAGGCGGCAACAUCAAAAGCAGCUGAUGACUCUGGAAAAUAAACUUAAGGCUGAGAUGGAUGAACAUCGCCUCAGAUUAGACAAAGAUCUUGAAACUCAGCGUAACAAUUUUGCUGCUGAAAUGGAGAAACUUAUCAAGAAACAUCAGGCUGCUAUGGAAAAAGAGGCUAAAGUGAUGGCCAAUGAAGAGAAAAAGUUUCAGCAACAUAUUCAGGCCCAACAGAAGAAAGAACUGAACAGCUUUUUAGAGUCCCAGAAAAGAGAAUAUAAACUUCGAAAAGAACAGCUUAAGGAGGAACUGAAUGAAAAUCAAAGCACCCCCAAAAAAGAAAAACAGGAGUGGCUUUCAAAGCAGAAGGAGAAUAUACAGCACUUUCAAGCAGAAGAAGAGGCUAACCUUCUUAGACGUCAGAGACAGUACCUAGAGCUAGAAUGUCGUCGCUUUAAGAGAAGGAUGUUACUUGGGCGCCAUAACCUGGAGCAGGACCUUGUCAGAGAAGAAUUAAAUAAAAGACAGACUCAAAAGGACUUAGAGCAUGCCAUGCUACUGCGACAGCAUGAAUCCAUGCAAGAACUGGAGUUUCGCCACCUCAACACAAUUCAGAAAAUGCGCUGUGAGUUGAUCAGAUUGCAGCAUCAAACUGAGCUCACUAACCAGCUGGAAUAUAAUAAACGAAGAGAGCGGGAACUAAGGCGAAAGCAUGUCAUGGAAGUUCGACAACAGCCUAAGAGUCUGAAGUCUAAAGAACUCCAAAUAAAAAAGCAAUUUCAGGACACCUGCAAAAUCCAAACCAGACAGUACAAAGCAUUAAGAAAUCACCUACUGGAGACUACACCAAAGAGUGAGCACAAAGCUGUUCUGAAACGGCUCAAGGAGGAGCAGACCCGAAAGUUAGCCAUCUUGGCUGAACAGUAUGAUCACAGCAUUAAUGAAAUGCUCUCCACACAAGCUUUGCGCUUAGAUGAAGCACAGGAAGCAGAGUGCCAGGUUUUAAAGAUGCAGCUGCAGCAGGAACUGGAGCUGCUGAAUGCAUAUCAGAGCAAAAUCAAGAUGCAGGCCGAGGCACAACAUGAUCGUGAACUUCGGGAGCUUGAACAGAGGGUCUCCCUCCGCAGGGCACUCUUAGAACAAAAGAUUGAAGAAGAAAUGUUGGCUUUGCAGAAUGAACGCACAGAACGAAUACGAAGCCUGCUGGAGCGUCAAGCCAGAGAAAUUGAAGCUUUUGACUCUGAAAGCAUGAGACUAGGUUUUAGUAACAUGGUCCUUUCUAAUCUCUCCCCUGAGGCAUUCAGCCACAGCUACCCGGGAGCUUCUGGUUGGUCUCACAAUCCUACUGGGGGUCCAGCACCUCACUGGGGUCAUCCCAUGGGUGGCCCACCACAAGCUUGGGGUCAUCCAAUGCAAGGUGGACCCCAGCCGUGGGGUCACCCCUCAGGGCCAAUGCAAGGGGUACCCCGAGGUAGCAGUAUGGGAGUCCGCAAUAGCCCCCAGGCACUGAGGCGGACAGCUUCUGGGGGACGGACAGAGCAGGGCAUGAGCAGAAGCACGAGUGUCACUUCACAAAUAUCCAAUGGGUCACAUAUGUCUUACACAUAACUUAAUAAUUGAAAGUGGCAAUUCCGCUGGAGCUGUCUGCCAAAAGAAACUGCCUACAGACAUCGUACCAUGAGCCUCCUCACUUGGGUACUACAGUGUGGAAGCUGAGUGCAUAUGCUAUAUUUUAUUCAUUUUUGUAAAGCGUUCUGUUUUGUGUUUACUAAUUGGGAUGUCAUAGUAUUUGGCUGCCGGGUUUUGUUUUUAAUUUUAACUUUUGGAGAAAGUUUGAAAGGGGGAAUUGGGGUGUGUGUGUGUGUGUGUAUGUAUGUAUAUGUGUGUGUGUGUAGAUAUAUAUGUAUAUAUCUGUAUAUAGAUAUGUAUAUAUCUGUAUAGAUAUAUAUGCAUAUAUAUACACACAUGCAUAUCAUGCAUGUGAUAAAAAGAAAUUGGCUAGAUAAAGGGGUAUAUUCUAAACAAAACAAAAAUAGAAUGCAAUGGCUUGAGUCAUCCCUUUCGGGCAACUAUAUCUAAGAAGUUUGUGAAAAGAUUUAAAGUUUUUCUCCAUAUCCUAAAUUCUUAUGAGCCACUCACAGCAGGCAGCAUAUGCUGAAACAUGUUAUAGAAACACACCUAUAUCCUUUUACCAAUUUAUUUUCUUAAUUAAAUUGGUCUGACUUCUCAGCCUCAUUUAGAGUAAAAAAAGAAAGCUGGUAUCUAUGAACACUAAAGGGUUGCAUUGACUUCUUCACAAAGUAGAAAACAGUUAUUUCUUUGGAUGCUGCAUAGGCUGUUGGUUUUGUUUUUAUUUUUGGGCGUUUGUAUUCGUGUGUGUGUGUCCAUUCAAUUGUGCCUUCUUUGUGGCCUGGUGAGAUGGAGGUGCUUAAGGAAAUCACAGGCUUUGUGGAAAUUGCAUCAGUGAACCUGUGAGCCUCUAAAGGGAACCAGAGGGUGACAGAGGCUCCUGAAAGUUCAUAUGGUGGGUAUGUUCAGCAGCAAAGUGAGGAGAUGAAACCUGUAUAUCCUGAUAUUUUGUUGCUUAUACUGUGAUAUCUGUAAUCUCUAGAAUUCCCAAUCCCUCAUCAGUAAUUUUACUCUGUACAAAAACAAAGACAUAUAGCCAAUACAAAUCAAAUGCCAGAGGUAUUUAAAUGAUGCCAUAUUUGCAAACUGCCAUCUAUUGGAAUUCUCAUCACACUACAUAGACAAUUUGAUAACACUUUUUUUGGCUUUUGGGAUUUCCUGUUUACAAGUAGACUAGCCAAUUAUUUAAAUAUUUAGUUGCCAUAGUGAACCAGGAAUCACUGAGCCAAUGACUUUACCAGCUGCUGGCUAAUCCUCAUCACCACUGUAGAUUUUGCUGCAUGUGCAGAUCCUCCUUUUUUAAAAAAUUGCUGUUUUUGUUGCUGCAGUACUUUACAAACUCCUGAUGUAAGUCUAGUUCAACUCUAGUUCCUUGAGACUUAAUGACCAUUGGCAUAAUGUUAGUGUCCCACAAUAGGAAACACCACUUCCGGAAGUCUCUAGCCUCAGUGCUAAAGUACUACUGAAAAGGAACUAGCAAGUUUGACAGAUUAAAACAAGAAGAAAAGUAAGUUAUAAUAGUCAGGGAAUCUCUUGACAAAGCUAACUUUUUUCCAGAGAGAGGCAGUUGUGUUGUGUUGUGUUUUGUAAUGAAGGAUCAACCCAAUGCUGAAAGUCAGAUAUUACUUGGUAUUCUACAGUCAAGGUGGAAAUUGAGUGGGAGGAGGGUAGAAAGCUGUGUGAAUAUGACUUGAAGAAAAAAACAUGUUCUUUUCAGUGACAGAUCAGAGUUUCUUAUGAGUUACUGUCUCCCUCCCCAGUUGUCUUGAAGAACUCUUGCUGCUAAUGCUGGAUCCUGCUUUUCAUAAAGUCAGAAGACUCCAAGGUAGAAUUCUCUAAACCUUGCUUGAUGAUACUUUUCACCUAGAUAGUCUAAUGAUCAAACAGUAAUCUCUCACUAUUGAUGCACUGGUUUUCUUAACCAAAUUUAAGUCUUCUCCAGGCAUAUUCCAGUCUCCAUAAAUCCUUCCCUUUUGGAGUUUCUGGCAUUCAUUCGAUAGUAAUUUGAAGAAAGGUUAAUAUUUUAAUGUAAAUCUUUUCAAAAUCAAGACCACAGAAUUCUCAGGCAAUUUUAGGCAGAGUUUCAAGUAUCACUCUGAUACAUUUUCCUCUUGGCCAUGCUCAUGCUCUCCAGUUUUUAUAUAAACUUGGCAUGUAUUUGUACGACAUGUCUAAUGAAAGGGCCUUUUAAUUUCCUCAGUAUCUUUUUUCCAUUAAAAUAUUUUAUAAUAUUUCAAACAAAUUGAAAUGUAUACCUACUUGGAAGAAAAUUAUAGGAGAGAGCUUUAGAAUUAAUAAAAUAUCCAAAAAUAUAAUGGAAUUUGAUGCCUUAAAAAAUUCUUAAUAGAAUGCCUUGUUGCAUCUGGUCCCUCUGUAGUACUAGAAGGUUGAAAUAAGGAAGCAGGUCAGUUUUGCUUAUAAACUGUUUAAGACCCAAAAUAUCCAUGAUACAUGUCAAAAUCCACUUGUGGACUUAAUCAAACUCAGUUACUGAGUUCAUUCGUAUCAUAUGUACUUGUAAAGGUAUGAUUGAAUACUGAUUCCCUAUAUAUAUUCAGUAGGGCUAUAUCUAGGUUAUUCUGUAAGUUAAUUUUAAUUAAAACAUAGUUUGCAAAAAUGAUUCAUAUUAAUUGGUUUUCAUGUUUGUAAGAUCUGAUGAAUUUCAGUAACAUGGCAGGAAUCAACAAAAAGUUAAAUUUGUAGCAGGAGAGUUUGAAAGAUUUUGACAGAUCCUAAGGGAAGAAGCAGGUACUUUCUGAAUCAGUGUGCAAAUGUCAACAUUUGAUCAAAUUAAUACUACCUCCUCCCAGUGUUGAUGUUCACUCAUUAUGUAUGUGUUUUUUUAAAAAAAAUUAAAGUAUGGGAAAUUUAUCCAGCAUAUCAGAAAGUCAUAAAUGCUAUAUCUGGUAUCCAGAGCUUGGCAGUAAAAAGUUUGUGUUCACUGUCUCUCCCCCUUUUUAGUUAGCAUUUAAAAAAUACAAAGCCUCAUACCUUGAAAUACGUUAUUCCUGAUUGGGUUCCUUCCCUUUUGCACAUCAUUUUUUUCUCCCCUGGUUAAAGUUAACUCUAACUCCAGAUUAUAGUAUCUAAAAAUAUUUUCAUUAUAAUGUUCGCUGGAAAAUGUGUUUGCAUUAUUUUUUGUUAGAGCUGCCAUUCUUUUUAGUCAUUUCUAUGCUGAGAUGAAGAGUCCUAAUUUGAAGCCACACUCACAGGUCUAAUAAUUUUAUAUUCUAGGCCAAGGAUAGAUUGGUAAAUUGUGAUUUUUAGCAUAAUCAUUAGGAUUUUCGACUGCCUAGACAGGUAAAUACCAUUCAGUACACUAAAGAAACUGUCUUUUACACUGCUUGCCACUCCCACCUAUUUUUCCUUAAACCCCCCCCUUCCAAAAACCGAAAACUCUUGUCUUUUUCAUACCAUAACGCAGACUUUAGUAACUUUCAACUUCUUUACAUACUAAAUGUCUGGCAUUUUAAACUUUUAUAGAAUACAUUGUGUUGGACACUGGAAUAAUACUGUUUAUUUUCACCUGUGAAAAAUAACUAUUGUACUUGAAACACCUCCUUUGCAUUUCUCCAUUUGUGCCAUUCACUAGUGGAAAUAAAUUGUAUUAUACCAUGAUUCUACUGGCUUUUUAAAACUGUGUUAAAUAUGCACAUUUUUUGGUAUAGCUAUUAUCAUUUGUAUGUAUAUAUUGUAUAUACAUAUGAGUGUCUGUGUGUAUAGAUAGAUGGAUGUAACUCAUACUGUACAUUUCCAUCAGGGCACUUAAGGUUCUGUUACUUUGUUUUGUUAUUUCAGUCCUCAGUUGAGAAAAGACUGCAUGUGUUUCUUAAGAUGAGUACUCUGGGUUGAUAUUUAUGAGAAGGUAUUCGCUAGAUUCAAUCUUUUCUUUUUUAAUCCUCUCUUAGCAAUUGUGUGAGUGGAAAGAAAGUUAAAUAAAAUGUGGAACCAUAAGUUGAAAUGCAGUAAAAUUGUGCUGGGAAGGAGCCAGUUAGUGUCUCUGUGAGUUUGGGUUGUUAUGCAGUAAAAGAUAAGUGCUGCAGAGAAAAAUGAACCUUGGAAAUGAAAAACACUGAUGGUGAUUCCUCUGCAAGAUGAUUAAAAGAAGCAGUCACACAAUCUUCAUGUGUGCUUUAGAUGUAUUUCUUAGUAGUAAUGAUGUUCAUCCUCUUACUCAUUUAACUUCUUUAUUACUAACAGUUAUAAAUUUUGCUAAGGACCAAAACAGCCAAGAAAGGAAUUAUUGCUAAAGCAUCUAAGGUUCUCCUAAACAAUAAAAAUCAACAGGAAAUGGCCACUGGGAGAGAAGGAUAUUUUAUUGGCAUGUUUUUUUUUCCCCCUUUAGUUGCCUCCUCUUGCUUGCUAAUAGUAAUUUCUUCGUGCACCUUUCACCUCUUCUGAGCCACUACUAUUCAAGCAGAGAUUUGACCCAACACAGCAAUCCUUUCCUGGGAGGUUUACAUGGUCCUGCUUUUUGUCCCAGGCUCACAAUGUGAAGUGUAUAGUGUGUAUUCAAGUGAGAAAAUAAUAUAUUUAAGAUGUGUAAGUGUGAAUCUCCUAUAAUGAUGGAAGAAGAGGUUCUUGUUUCUUAGAUAAAAAAAACUGCCUUCUCCUAAGGAACAAAGCCAAAACUUGGACUGUCCUUGAAUUGCUUACAAAAAUACAGAUCAUUCUUAAAGAGAAACAAAUUUUCUUUUUGUUUUCCCUCAUCUAACAUGCCUCCAACCAGAUUGUAGCAUUGCCUUUGAAAAGGCACUCAUUUGCUCUUAGUUAAGAACUGGAAAUUUCCCAUCCUCAGAUUCCUUAAAGGAUGAAGAGUGUGCUGUACACUUAACAGAUUUGCCUCUUGUAUGCAAGGACUACUGAUUGAAGUCUAUUUUGCUGUGUGUCUGGUUAUGUUGUCUGCACUUUUAUGAAAUCACUACAAUAGGUCUACAUUGGAUAUAACUCAAUUUGUAAAAAGGUAUAUUUUAUUAAACACUGUCCAGAAAAAGAAAGUGAAGCUGAGAACUCUUCCUUUAUUGUGUUUCAUAUUUUCUACUGAAUUCUGGUAGCCCCCUUUAAAGUCUCAUUGACUAAUUUUUCUCUGGUUUAUAUUCAAAAUUUUGCAAAAUAAUUUUUACUCAAAUAAGGGAAGAGAGCUAUUUGACUUAGUAGCCUUCAGAUCAUAAGAAAUACAUGAAUUGGUAUGCACCUUAUCUGCCUGUUGUGGGUUUCUAAAACUUGCACUUCCCUUCCACCCACCCCAAAGUAGAUAUUCUUUAAAGAAAAUAAAGGCAGAGGAUUAAAACUGGGGAGCCAUUUACUAUGUCACCAUCACUGUUAACUGUUUCCCAGCAAUCCUAACUUUUUGAAGUGUCAGAGAUUUGUGUGUGUGUAUGUGUCUGAUUGUGUUGGGUUUAUUUUGUUUUAGUUUUUAAAUACACGAAAUUUUUUAAAUAAAAAGGUUCAUCCUCUCUGAAACAGGAUGCCCACUGGAUAUAUCAAUCUGGACAUCUGUAGGUAGUUUGCCACAAAAAAAAUGGAGAGAAGAGACUUCUGAAUGAAUGAAAAGGGUAUCUAGGUGCCCAAGAAUUCCCCCCAAAGUACGGGUAGUUCAACCUGCACAGUUUCCUUUUCGCUCAUAGUUUUUAGCAAUUGUGAGUGAAAAAUCAUGUAAUUAUCUGUAAAUAUGUAGCUAACAAAUUGACCUAGUUUCUGUAUUUUUUUGUUUUUGUACUAAAGUUUAUAAGUCUGUGCCAGCUAGAGAGGAGUUGCUGUCAUUGCCAGUUGUGGUCCUAGCAUCUAACCCUGAAACCAUCCUAGGUGACAUUUUUAGAAUUAAUGCUUAAGUGUUGUUAAACAGGGGAAAUGAAGCUUAAUCAUUGGUCAGGUUUUCAAUCUUUUGAAGUGAAGUCAUUUUAUUUAAUGAUUACAUGUCCUCAAUCAUGAAUGAGAUAGGGAGCCUCCCUCCCCCAGUGGCCAUGUUUACAGAAGUGUGUUUUGUCUAUAAAGUGCAAGAGUUUUAAUGUUUAUGUAAGUUAUGCAGGUGGUAACAUUAUGGCUUGGAACUGUUUAUUGGGCUCUCCAGCUGAAUUUUCACAUGAAAUGAACUAUGCUUAUUGCUGGCACAUUAAUCCCAUUUCUGGAGCAUUUUGUCCCUAUUUCACUAUCCCCACUUAACCUUUCUCUGAAUAUGCCUUGUAGCCUAACAUAUUAAAGGCUGCUGAACAUAGGCGAGGGAAAUACUUUUUUAAAAAAUCCAUGAAUCCUCAUUUGUAUGUGUUCAGUACUUUUGUUUCUAUGGCAACUCUGAGAUCAGUGGAGUUUAGAAAUGAGAUACCAAUGUUAAUGAAAAGUGUGUACUCUUUGCUUUUGCAUGGCUUGGCUUAGCAUCAAAGGUAUAUUAGGGCCACUUGAAAGCAUGAAGAACUGUUGUGUGGGAACAGGUUUCUCUCAGUAGCACAUUUUGCUUUUUCUGAGCCCUCAAAUACAUUGCCUCAGCAUGAACAUUACUGUUACUAUAAAUUGCACAUGGUCAUGGAGUGAAUUAUGUGAUUAAAAAGGAUAUAACUGCUUAGUAUUUGUAGAUUUUGGCUGGUCCAUGUGACUAUUUGGCACAUAUCAAACAACCCUGGGGUAUAUUGGAACUCUCUAAUACCUUUUUGUCAUGGACAAGUAUAUUUCAUUUAAGAUGUUGGCUGCCCCUGGUGUGUUGCCAGAGAGCUGUUUUGGUACCCAUUCCAAAUGUGCUUCCUUGCAUUUCAUAAUAUCAAAGAAACGAUCACACCUUCUCCCCAACAGCAUUCUAUGUUAUACCUUUUAUUACACAUUAAAUGGAAAUUGUGCCUACUUAGAGUGCCCCUCCACUUUUAUACAUGUUUUGGAAAAUAAUGCAAGCCAGAGACACAAGGUGGGAAAAUGGGGGUGGGGAGAUCCCCCUUGAGGCCAGUAAUUUAUCUUGACAUUUGCUAUAUGAGCCUAUUAGGAAUUGCAGUUGGUUUCAUAGGGCAAAAUUCAAGUGGAGAGGGUAUGUGGGGUUUCUAUUAGGAGAUAAUUUUCUUAUUUUACCUUUCCUUUUAUGAUCCUUCUAAGUGAAAACAGGUUACUUCUCCAAAUUUGUUUUUUUAUCCUAGGGAAAUUUUUACAAAAGCAAUGGUCUGAUGUAAAUAACAUUUAAAGUAUAGUGCACAUAACUUCCCAAGACUAUUCCAACCUGAUAAUUUGUAAAUGCUUUAGAAUUUUUUAAAUUAACACUUGUGUUGCUAAAUCCUAUUUAUGUAAGUCUGCUAAAAAUUUUAACCCAUUUAAAAUUUAAGGAACAUUUAAAUAAUGGAUGGGUUACUUUGAGCAAUUUAGCUUUCAGAACCCCAUUGUUUUAGUAUAUGAAAAAGAUAGCCUAAUGCGCAUUAAUAAGGUUGGAGAGACUAUGAGAAAUAUGUAUAGUGUAUAUUUUAAAACAGCUUUGCUUGUAUUGUGAAGAUUUAAAAACAAACUUGAGAUUUUUAACAUUAACUAUUAACACAAUUUUAACAUAAGUUAUCCCACUGGGUUUAAGAGCAUCUUGAAUGUAUAAUCCUUUUUGUAACCCAGGUUGGUUUCUGCUUUUACCAGUCAUCCAAACAUAUUAUUUAUGUUUUUAGUUUUAUAUACUCAUUUUCCAUUGUUUUCCUCAAGCAGCAUGAUUUUUUUGCACAUGUAUUGUAGAAAUUUUUAAGAAGAAAAAUUAAUACAUCAUUUUCUCCGGAUUUUCUUCACUUCUCACUUUCUUUUUACUAACCCCUUACCUUAAAGGCCAUAUCGCUCCAUUUGCAUUAUUUGUGCAAAUGCCAGGGUUGGUUUUUAUUUUUAUUUUUGCUAUUUACCUAAACAAAGAAAUGCUUCAGUCAAUUGCUUUUUUAUUUAAAAAGAAAAAAAGAAAAGAAAAAAAGCUGUAACCUUAUCAUUUCUGAGUAGACCAUUGAGAGAUGAAUGCACACCUGUAAUAGCCCAGGACCAGCUUUGGUGGCUAAAAGGGAAUAUUAGUAAGAGGUUUUCUUUUGUUGUUUUCUAAAAGUGUGGUAUGUAUUAUUCACAAUCUCAGUUAUUCCCACAAGUUAAGGGUCCAGAUAAAAUGAAGGUUAUCAGCUAACUGAUAUGCUAUCAUUGAGGUUCAUCAAUGAAUUUGUACAUUUCUAGUUCCCUUUGGUGAAGGGAAAAAAACGAUGAUUUUGCAAGACCUAGAUUUUGGCUUGGUUUCUUGCCUCCUUUUUGGCAGCCUUCAUCUUCUCAUCUUCCAAAGCCCUUGAGCCUGUAGGGUUUUCAUAGUGGAUGGAGGACUUGUGGUCUUUUAAAACUAGGACUGGUUUGUUGUUGGGUUGUUUUUGUUUUGUUUUGUUUUUGUGAGAAAUUAUGUUGAAGUAUGGUUUUCUGCCACUUUAUUAAAUGACUAGUUUUAAAUAUACACAGUCCUCACAAUUUUCGGACCAAACAGAACCCACAGUGGAGGCUUAUCAAGGGUUGCAAUGAGGAAGAAGCCUCUCCCUCACUGUCAGUACCAGCUGGUAAAGGUGAUUGUACAGAUGUGCAUUUUCCUUUUGGUAGAAAUGGUCCGCAGCACUAACUGGUAAGGCUUAUUGUACAGUAUAUUGUCAGUAUUCUUCUGGUUCAACAUACCUUAUAGUUCAUAUAUAACCUGUAUUAAUUGUAUAGAUUGUGCAUUUAAAACUGUUACCAAGUUGUCAAAACAUAAGAGAGAAAACAAGGUCAUAUGUAAUAUUUUGUUUGUAAGUAUCCUUUGUAUCAUAGCAAAGGAAAUGUUUAAAAAAAUCAACUGUAAUAAAGUAAUUUUAGUACACAGAGUGUCUGCUCUUUUUUUUUUAAAGUAAUUUUAUUUCUGAAAUGAUAAAGUAUGAUUGAAUUCAGUGACUAGCUUUUGGAUAAUUACUGAUGCUGUGCUAGAUGCUGUGCUUGAAUUUCUGAUGCUGUGCUAGAUGUUGGGGUUACAAAGUGAGUAAGAUAUGGGUGUUAACUCCCAGGUGUAGACAUCAACUCGCUAGGCUCAUUGCCUUAAGUUCUGUUUUCCCAGGGUCUUUUGUGUUGGGUGUAUGAGAUGAUUCUACUUAGGUUCUGACAGUCUGAUACAGGUUCUUAAGUUUUAUAUAUAGACCUGUGUUGUUGUCUGCGUAACUACAACUCCUACACAAAUGGACAUACAAAUGUAUGUAGUUCUUGAACCUUGUACAAACCCUCAAAAGCUCAUUUCAUUUGGACUUCUCUUCCCAGAUUUGAUAAUAGUCAUAGUUUAGCCCUAAAUAGGAAGAUCAUCUAUUCCAGCCUAUUGAUUAAAAUGCUAUUCAGUUUUUUGUUUUGUUUUGUUUUUUUUGUCAGACGGCUAAUUGGUGGAAGGUGGUUUUGUGGGCUAGGAUUUAUAUGUUCU